CUAAAUCUUUCUCUUUCUUCCAGGCUCAAUGGCUUGUAUUCCCCCGGAGUUCUAUCAGAAGGGAAGGUUCCACGCCAAGCCUGCAAUCAUGUACUCUUUAGGCAAACUGUUGUUCAGGAUGCUGUGUGGACGCUACCCUCAUAUGGAGCUCCACAAGAUUGUCAAAAGAACCUGGCAGCCUGAAGACCUAUCCAAAGAAGCCGUAGAUCUGAUCUGCUCGUGUCUGCAGAGUAAGCCAGACAAGCGGCUUUCACUUGACGAGAUCCUUCACCAGAGGUGGUUCCAGGUCUUCAUCCUGAAGCCAAACAACAGACGAAAAGAUUAAGAAGAUCAGAACAUCCAGCCUCUUCAUCCAGCCGUCAACACCAAACUUCUCCUCUUCAUCGAUCCACUAACACCGAACUCCUCCUCUUCAUCCAGCCGCUAACACUAAGCUCCUCUUUUAUAUUCAGCCAGAAACUCCGUCAAGCCACGAACAUGGGGCAGUUUGUGGCUUUACGAAGAGAAAAGGCUGAAUGGGGCUGGUGUUUGUGGUUGUGUGGGAAGGAGGAGCUGUUUGGGGCCGGUGUUUGUGGUUUGAUAAAGAGGAGGAGCUGAAGGGGGCCGGCGUUUGUAUCUGGAUGAAGAGAAGAAGAUUUUUGGUUUAUUUUUGGAGAUUGUAAAUAAAUGCUUGUUCUGUAUGUAAUGAAUAAAAAUGAAUACUUUUCACAUAUAAAGUGUUUUCAUUUCGUUCAAUAUUAACUUAAUGCACUCCUAUAGUUAAAGUGUUGAACUGUCCUGUCUUCACCUAGCAGUUGAGGUUGCCAAACAAUGGCGUUAUAUUGUUUCAGGUUUUACAAAAUGGCACAGUGAUG